AACAUGCGUCUACUCUUGAUAAUCAUGUAUCUAUUCUACCUCCCAUCCUCACCGGGGGCAGCCCCCACCGUACAGUUACACCCGCUCAAGAAAAUUUCUGAGUCCGUCACUGUAAACAACAUCUCGAUUCCGGGUUGCCCAACGAAAUGCGGCAACCUCACCGUACCAUACCCCUUCGGCAUCCGUGGAUCCAAUUCAGAUUGCUCUAUUGGCCCUUGGUUCGAUAUCACGUGCAACACAUCCUUCAAUCCCCCCAAAGCCUUCUUGCCGGCAAAUCUAUUUUCUUACAGGGGAGAUGAUAGUUUUCACCGGAUAGAAAUAAUUGAUAUCUCCGAUGAGCACGUAAGAAUCAAAAACGUGGUUGCUUCUACCUGCUACAAUGAGACCGGUGAAAUAAUUGAGAUAACAUCCACUGGGCUUGUGGUGGCGACCUCCUACUUCACGCUGUCGGAACUGAACAAACUGAUAGCCGUUGGUUGCGACGACUACUCUGUGAUAGCUCCGGUGAACGGAAUCGAAGGCAAGAAUUUCAGCAGUGGUUGCGUGACGGUAUGCAAUGGAGUUCGGGAUGUUCUUGCGGGUUCAUGUUCAGGCAUGGGGUGUUGUUCAACGAGCUUACCCACAGGCUUAAAAACUUACAUUGCAAAUUCAUUCACACUCAAUAGACACGUUGAUGUCUGGCCUUUCAACAAAUGUGGAUACACAUUCCUUGGAGAGGAAAGUGCAUUUACGCUUCAGGGUGCAUCCGAUUUCACCGAUCCCAAUUUCGUCAAGCGAACAGAAGAGACUGUUCCAGUGGUUUUGGAUUGGGUCAUCGGAAGUAGGAGCUGUAACGAGUAUAAAAAUACAAGUGAUUAUUAUUGUCAACAGAAUAGCGUUUGUGUGGAUUUCAAGAGGGGGAAUGGAGGUUACAGGUGCUCCUGCAAAAAUGGUUAUCAAGGGAAUCCCUAUCUUUCUCCUGGCUGCAAUGAUAUCAACGAAUGUGCGGAUCCAAACAACAAUCCGUGCGACGGGAUCUGUACUAAUCUCCCGGGCACUUUUAACUGUUCGUGCCCUCACGGACACGAAGGAGAUGGGAGAAAGGAUGGGAAUGGUUGUAGGGCUCAUAAUCCGAGAUCGCCGGCCCUCAAGUUGUCUGUUGGAAUGGGUGUCGGAUUUUUAUCUGUAUUGAUCGGAAUGGGAUGGUUGUAUUUCAGCCACCAGAGAAGAAAAGUUAUAAAAUUGAAAGAGAAGUUCUUCUUGAAAAAUGGUGGCUUGUUGAUGAAACAACAAAUAGAUUCGAAUGAGGGUGGCGGAGUUAAAGAGUUGACAAAAAUUUUCUCUACCGACGAACUAAAAAAAGCAACAAAAAACUUCUCUAAAGAUAGGAUUCUUGGUCGUGGUGGCUAUGGGACGGUAUAUAAAGGGAUCUUACCUGAUGGAAGUGUUGUUGCAAUAAAGAAGUCGCGAGUAAUGGAUGAGAGCCAGAUCGAGCAGUUUAUCAAUGAGGUUGUCAUUCUUACUCAAAUUAACCAUCGAAAUGUUGUGAAGCUCUUAGGUUGUUGCUUGGAGAGUGAAGUCCCAUUACUUGUCUAUGAAUGUGUUUCCAAUGGCACUCUCUUCCAUCAUAUCCACACCAACGGUGGAAUGGAUUGGCUAUCUUUGGAUAAUCGUUUAAGGAUAGCUAUUGAGUCUGCUAGUGCACUUGCUUACCUCCAUUCGGCCGCUUCAAAGCCUAUAAUCCAUCGAGAUGUGAAAUCCGCCAACAUAUUAUUAGAUGAGAACCUAGUCACCAAAAUUUCUGACUUUGGGGCUUCAAGAUUGGUACCCUUGAAUCAAACACAGGUAACUACAUUAGUUCAAGGGACAAUAGGGUAUCUAGAUCCUGAAUAUUUUCACACAAGCCAACUAACAGAUAAGAGUGAUGUUUAUAGCUUCGGAGUUGUGCUUCUAGAGCUUCUAACAGGAAAGAAACCGCUUUGCAUGGAACGAAGUCAAGAGCAAAGAAACUUAGCAACCCAUUUCCUCGUUUCAUUGAGAAUGAAUAAUUUAUUUCAAAUUCUUGACCGUCGAGUGAUCAGAGAGGGUUCACUUGAGCAACUCCAAGCAAUAGCUUCUCUUGUGAAGCGAUGUCUGAACAUGAACGGCUACGACAGACCAACAAUGAAGGAAGUGGCUAUGGAAUUAGAGGGAUUGAGAAAAUUUACGAAGCAACCAUGGGUUAACCAUCGUGGUAAUGAAGAUGCGUUUAGUCGAACGAGUGAGGGACAACACUCGGACCUUUAUAAUGUCUCGUUAAAUCCAUAUAUGGACUCAAUAGAGCUAUCAAGUCUCAAUGCUUCCGAUCAAAUUGGUUUGUUGUACUCAUUCGAUGAACUUAAAUGAUUAACCGUUAUUGUGCCUUAACAAAUAAGGCAAGUUUUUCAUGUUAUCUAAAUUCCAUAUAUUUUAUUUAUGAUUGAUUGUUGCAA